UGGCCCGCAUCCUUCUUUGGGGCAGAGGUUCCUGAUCUCGACUGCCGCCAUCCUGUAGCCUCCUGUUCAUAGCUUCCUGGACGAGGAUGGGCUCUGCGCUUGAUGCAGGCUCUGCCACGAUUGGGAGAGAACUUGUCCCUGACAGACCUGUCCUCGCUGUCCCGGCUUUCUCUCUUCUUCACGCCGGGUCUGUGCAGCCCCAACCCUACGAGAGGAAGGCAUUACUGGAUACCCACAACCCAGCGGUUGUUUGGGGGUCAGAUCGUGGGACAGGCCCUGGUGGCUGCGGCCAAGUCUGUGAGUGAAGACGUUCACGUGCACUCCUUGCACUGCUAUUUUGUCCGGGCAGGGGACCCAAAGGUGCCAGUUUUGUACCAGGUGGAGCGGACGCGAACAGGGACGAGUUUCUCGGUGCGCUCCGUGAAGGCCGUGCAACAUGGCAAGCCCAUCUUCGUCUGCCAGGCGUCCUUCCAGCAGGCCCAGCCCAGCCCUGUGCAGCACCAGUGCUCCAUGCCCGCUGUGCCCCCACCGGAAGAGCUGCUCGACCACGAGGCCCUCAUUGCUCAGUAUUUAAGGGACCCUAACCUUCACGAGAAGUACCGAGUGGGGCUGAACCGAAUUGCUGCCCAGGAGGUGCCCAUUGAGAUCAAAAUGGUAAACCCACCCACUCUGAACAAGCUGCAGAACAGGGAGCCCAAUCAGAUGUUCUGGGUGCGAGCCCGAGGUCAUAUUGGGGAGGGCGACAUCAAGAUGCAUUGCUGCGUGGCUGCCUACAUCUCGGACUAUGCCUUCCUGGGCACGGCGCUGCUGCCCCACCACUACCAGCAUAAGGUGUGCUUCAUGGCCUCCUUGGACCACUCCAUGUGGUUCCACGCCCCCUUCCGAGCUGACCACUGGAUGCUCUAUGAGUGCAAGAGCCCCUGGGCUGGUGGCUCCCGGGCGCUGGUACAUGGGCAGCUGUGGCGUCGGGACGGGGUCCUGGCUGUGUCCUGUUCCCAGGAGGGCGUGAUCCGAGUGAAGCCCCGGGUCUCAGAGAGCAAGCUGUAGCCAGAGGUACCAGCUUGGCCUGGGGCUUCAUGGAUCUCCCUUUUCCCUCUACUCCCGAGGCAGGAGUCACAGUGAGGGCUGGGCCUCUGUCCCUCACAUCCAAUAAAGAGACUGAUGCCACUGGAGCUGCUGGCCUUUAAUUCUCCUGGGCCAGAACUGCAGCCCUCCCUCCAGCCAUCAACCAGAGUCAGAGCCCCUGGCCCUUCGGCCAGGCUGCCUCGCUGGCUUGGAGGCCCAAGGGAAAGGGAACACUGACCUCGACCUGGAGCAGAGCCCCCAGCUGUUCAUAAGCUGAAGAGGCUGUAUCAGACUCCCUCCCUGCACUGUACCAGACAUCCCCAGCCAAGGCUGGUCCUGAGCCUGGCUCAACAGGAGAACCAUGUUUCCUGCGUCUGCUACAAAUUCUUUGGAGAACUUCUAGGGAUUCCCAGCACCCCCUACAGCUUCCCAACUGCUGUCCGGGUCCUCGUCAGCACCCAAGCCCACCCCCU